AUGGAGGUGUAUAGAGCAUCCAGCAGUAAACUAGGACAUAAAGUUUAUGGGAAAUCAACACACACCAACAGGUACCUGGAUGUGGAUUUACACCACCAUUCAGCACAAAAGAACACUGUGCUAAAGCUGAAUGAGCUCAAGACAACAUUCCAUGUGACUGGAUACAACAGAGACAUACAACUAGAUAGGAGAUACAGGAAGGACAAAACAGUCAAAGGUACAGAAGAAGCUGUUUCUGUUGCUCGCCUACCUUAUGUGAGAGGCAUGAGUGAUCAUCAAUAUUACACAGGAAGUCAGUACACAGAGAUGCAACACAUUUAUCAGCAGACAAUUAAUGAGUGA